AUGCUUGAUGGAACUUAUGCAUUAGAUUAUCUUCAAACCAUGCUUAUAUCGACCCAAUACCGUUGUCAAAUUUUACAGGUUAAACGCAGCGAGGAAGCGCUGAAUGUGCAAAAACUGGCCGAAACUGAAGCCCGAAUUGAAGUGGACCGACGCAUGAACCUGUUGGCCACAUUGACUCGCGAAUCCGCAAACAAAGAUGCCAUGCUUCGCCAACUGGACGCAGCAUUGGGCCGGUUGACAGCCGGUUGGCAGCGACGGGAACAGCAACGUCAGGCUGAGGUGAACGAAUUGCGCACUUCAGAACAGAAAUUGAUCCGCGAGCUAGACGAAGCUCGUCACCGUCUGGAUACGGUUCAGACGGAGUGCGUUUCUUUCAAAUUUUGUAUCUUGUUUUCUAGUCACGAGGAACAAUUGAAGCAGCAACGGGGUGAAUGGACCCAAAAACUCAUGGACUUGCAGACUGAAUGUACCAAGCUCCAGCGGAAUAUACACACAGCCGAAUCGAAUACGCGGGAAUUGCGGGAUCAGUUAAAACAAAUGGACCGUGUGGUAGCCCAACGCGAGCACGAGUUGAGUACCGUUCGAGAUCAGCUGAUGCAAGCUACGCAAAAAGCCAAUCAAUUGCAAACAGAGAAUAUUCAAUUGCAGAACAGCUUCAAGCAACAGAUUUGCGAAGCUCAACUCACACUGAAACGGGAGUCGAAAUUGCGCAGACAAGAACUGAAAACUUUGCAUGCUCAAAUGAAACAGAUGGUAGAAGGGGCUUCAAAAGACCAGGAAGAGUUGCAACGUAAACUAAAUGAAUAUUACGAUGAUCAAUUGCGAAAAUUUAGCACCGAAAGGGAUAGACAGUUUCAAGAUGAAUUAACGCGGAUACAGGAAACUGCUCGGAACGAACUGCGCGAGGCAUCAGAUCAUUAUCGAGCAGAGCUGGAACAGUUACGUAUGAAUGCUCAAGCCGAGCUGACUCGUCACGUGACCGAGGCGGACGACCGUUUAGAGGCAGAAAGGCGACGCGUUGAAUGGACGGAGAAACAGGUCGAACGUUGGCGUGUGUUGGCUCGGGAGGCCGAGGAGGCUCGAUCUGUGCUUGCUUCUCGCUUGAACGAAUUGCUCCAGUCACGGUGUAUGGAAGCAAUGCAGAUGCUUCAUCCAAAACCGACUGAAGGUCUUACCCGAACAAGACUUGCCACCAGCUGGGACCACCUCAAUUCCGCUCGUCUGAAUCUGUCGCUUGAUCAUCCAGUUCAAACAUUCGCAGCCAGUGCUGACCCCUCGCCCAGACAACAACAAUUUGUCACUCAGACCACAAUGCAACUGACCAAUUCUGUCCCAGUCAGUCGAUUCUCCGGGGAAAAUGGUAAAUCACCAUCGCGAUUGGACACCCCUGCUCGGGCGCACCACUCGGACGAGGAGCCAAGUUGUGCAACUGUGGUGGAUCGAUCGGAGACAACAAAGACCAAUGAGAACUUGGAGAACUGGCGUGUGACUACAGACAGUUCGGAAGAGGCGAACGAAUCCAGUGGUUCACAGGAUCCUAUCUGUGUCUAG